ACCGGUGCGGCCACACCACUGGCCAUCACACCUACGAAUGGCUCAGUGCUUGUGACGGAUUAUAUCGCAAAUAACAGCCACUAUAACAGUGCUAAACAUUACUCGCAUUCAAAGACUUACGUAACGCUCGCUGAGAACCAAUUGAACGCCAAUAUCGGUGGCGUCGACGGCCCGGUUGUAGUGAACCCAUUGUCGCCCAAACACGACGGAUCAGCUCAAAGUUCUUCAUCGAACACCGGUUCCACGCGAUCGCAGUUAAGCCAAUGUUCGGACUCGUCGUCGACGGCUGAGAGCCGACUCGACAACCGCUCGAACUCGCCGUCGAGUCACUCAUUCGGUGCUCACAAGAGUCGAGACUAUCGCGACCCUAAAGACAUCAGGAAUCGGAUCCGAAGGCCGCGAAAGGAGGACAACGAGAACCCAAUUAGUCAUAGCAGUGAUAGUUCCAGUGCUCCCAAACCCCCCGUCGCCCCCAUGACCGCCGCUUCCGCCUCAAGACUUGUGGCGUCCGUAACGGCGCACAACGAGCCCUUCGACCUGAAGGCCCAGUCCUUCCCUCCUCUGCCCAGUUGUGCAACGAUUCGCUCAAAUGAUGGCAAACACAGUGAGGACAGUGCGGUAGGCGCCCAGUGCUCGUCGUUGGCCGACGUCGUUAAAGGCACUGUUAAGCACAGGAAUGAGAGCAACGGUAGCGCCAGAAACGAGUCGACCAUAACGUCUGCGACCCCUCUUCACGGCCUACCGAACGGCACGUUUAGUCCGAAACCAACGAAAGACAUGAACAGCAAAAGCAAUUGCAGCGAAAUGGACGCCAAUUCGGACGACAACGUGAGUCUGAAUGGCGGUGAAGGGGGCGCCUCCCGGACCCGGAGGACGUCCAACUCGAGCUCUAACUCAAGCACGUGUUGGAAAGUGAGCCCAACUAGUCAUGACUCGGAUCACUGUCCCUCCGCCACCACUACUACUAUGAAUGCAAUUCCUGCCAAAAUCCUAAACCACUGUCCGCUGGACUCGUGUCCGUUGUCUUCGGGACGGGACUCAUCGUCAGCCGAAUGGUGCGAAACUGCGAACCAAUCAAAAGAGAAGUCGUCGACGAGUGCUCUGAUGUCGACCCCCAUUGUGCUCAACGGCAUUAACGACUCGUUUUCCAUAAACUCGGACUCAUUCGACGAAAACCAUUCACAUUCCAGUGCGACGCCGACCCCCGUGGAGCCCAUGUCGCCCACCGGCUCCACCCCUCACACGAACUCGAUGUCGAACUCGCAUUCGGCCCACAAAUCCAAUACCAGCCCAUUGUUUAACACGAAUUCACACGAAUGCAACGGAAAUGACGAUCAAAGCACUGAUGAGACGUCUUCGACGGCCGACGAGAGCUGUGCCCAAGACUCUAAUCAUCACCACAACGGUUCCAUACGUGUCCUCACGUUUGCGGAGAUCGCAAAGCGUUCGGCUAAAGACAAACUCAACCAAAACAGCGACCGAAACACGGCCUCAACGACAGCCGGUGUCGCCUCCAAAGACAAGGACUCGAUAUCUCCCAACUCAUCCGCCAUUACUUCUCGUCCAUCGACUCAUCUUUCAUUGAAUUCCAAUCGCAAAUUCAAAGCCGUUAUCGAUCACAAGGAGAGCCGAUUAGAUACCGGCGCCAAUCGAUCGCCACUCUAUCGAAAAGACAUUCGUCACUCAACCGAUGUCCACGAAAGGAACGACAGGUCUUUCCCAUCGAGAGUCAAAUAACUAGUGAUUCAAUGAAUGGACGACUGAUGACAAACAAGACUUUGCAUAUAUUUAUGGUUUGAUUCGCAAACUAAAUCUCUAUUUUCAUGUGUUUUUUCAGUUUAUUCUCAGUUUCAGUAUUCAAAUCAUUUUGAUUUUGAAACCAUUUACAGAAUAGGGCCGGUAUUUGACACACUUUACCCUUAGAUAUGAUUUUUUCAGCAAUUUGUUGUUCAGUUACGAGUACUUUUCGAGCAAAUCAUUGAUUUUGUUUUGUUUUCCAAAAUAUUUGCCGAAAAAAUAUUGCAAAACAAAAGUCAUUAUAAAUGAGUUACUUAUGAGCAG